UGAGUGGGACCCGAGGCGGAGAGAGCGCUCAGUGAAUGGAGGGGGGGGGGAGUUGCCUUCACGGAUCCCUGCGCUCACAAGAAGGAGGUGUGGGUCUCUGUGUCUAGUGUUUGCAUCUAUUCGGAGGAAAGAAGCGAUACGCCGCCGUUGGAUGCGAACGUGCAGUCAUGUCACGAGCACUGGACUGUGCGACGACACCAUCUGAAUAAUCCAUACAGGCGAUAAGAGGACUGGACAGAAAUAAAGAAAUGGGUGGCCAGAUAACGCGAAAUGCCUUUUACGACUCCCUCGGCGGCCCGUUCCCGUCCACGUCACACCGAUGUCACCACAAACCCAAGAGGUGCCUGCCUAUCCAGUGUGGCACCAUCGGUGGGCCUCAUCCCAUCAGCCCACUUCUCUUCCAUCCAAACACCAAGGGGUCCCAGAUUGUCAUGGACCUUGCCCAGAAGACGGUCAAGAGGCAGGCCAGUUUCUGCAACGCCAUCACCUUCUGCAACAGGCCCAUAGCGCUGUAUGAGCAAGUCCGCCUCAAGAUUACUAAAAAGCAGUGCUGCUGGAGUGGGGCUCUUCGUCUGGGCUUCACCUCCAAAGACCCCUCCAGGAUAAACCCAGACAACCUGCCCAAGUACGCCUGCCCUGACCUGGUGUCCCAGAGUGGCUUCUGGGCCAAGGCCCUGCCUGAGGAGUUUGCUAAUGAGGGCAACAUUAUCGCCUUUUGGGUUGACAAGAAGGGAAGAGUCUUCUACCGCAUUAACGAGUCCAGUCCCAUGCUGUUCUUCAGCGGAGUCCGCACAGCUGAGCCCCUCUGGGCCCUCAUUGAUGUUUACGGUCUGACCCGCGGAGUGCAGCUGCUAGACAGUGAGAUUGUUCCUCCCGACUGCCUGCGCCCACGCUCCUUCACCACAGUGCGCUCCUCCUCGCUGCGGCGUGAAGCCGACGAUUCCCGCCUGUCCGUCAGCCUGUGUGACCUCAACCUGCAGCAGGAGGAUGGACGCCCCGCCCACACCCACUCCCACCGCCACACCCUCCACCUGGCCUCGGCCUCCUCCUCCUCCACCUGCCCCAUACCGCAGAACUCCCUCAACUCCCAGCAGUCCUCUCUGCUGCCGUCCGCCCUAGAGAGCGACCUCCACUUCCACCAGCUGCGCGGCGCCCACAUCAAGACGCUGGACGAGCAGACGGUGGCACGAUCGGAGCACGCACGAGAAGAGCGCACUCUCGUCUUCACCAACCGGCCCCUGCGCACUGGAGAGACCGUCUUUAUCAAAGUCACCAAGUCCAGCCCCGCACGCUCCGGCUCUUUGUCCUACGGGGUGACGUCCUGUGAUCCAGCGGUGCUGCGCCCCAGCGACUUGCCCUACAAUCCAGAGGCUCUGGUGGACAGGAAGGAGUUCUGGGCGGUGUGUCGGGUGCCAACCCCCCUCCAAAGCAGUGACAUCCUGGGCUUCUUGGUCAACCAGGAGGGAGAGGUCAUCCUCAGCCACAAUGGCACCAACGUGGGAAUGCAGGUCUGUGUGGACAACUCCCGCCCACUCUGGAUGUUCUUUGGUCUGCAUGGGGCUGUGACUCAGCUGAGGAUUCUGGGUUCCACUCAUCUCGGGGAUCCGCGGACGACGUCGAACCCGAGCUCGCCCUCUUCCUCUCCGCACACCCCCAGCGCCCUGGGCAGUGGCAGCUCUGAUCCGGUGCUGAAUGGAGGCCUGUGCUCCGCAGCUUACUGCAGCUCAGCAGGGGGAACAACCCCAAAUUCUCCAGUCAGCCUCCCCAAGUCCCCUACGUUCCCAUCAGGCCGCGGGCCUUGGUCCGACGAGUGUUCCAUAUGUUACGAGAACGCGGUGGACACGGUCAUCUACGCCUGCGGACACAUGUGUCUGUGCUACACCUGUGGCCUCAAACUCAAGAAGAUGUCCAACGCCUGCUGUCCCAUCUGCAGAAGGCAGAUCAAAGACAUUAUCAAGACCUACCGCAGCACAUAAGGGGAGGCACGGCCUCGCCAAGAACAACAAAAUCCCAGAGUCAGGGAAAGAAAUGUCGAAGUUCAGGGAAUAUGAACUCUGGUACUUUCAUUUAGUAUUUUCAUAUGAUUAUUGUAGGUUGGUUCUCUUGCGUGACCUUUUCCAAAGCUGGUACUGCUUUGCUUGGAAGGUCUCUUUCAAUUUAGAGUCGCUGUCACAGCCUCCCUGCAGAGGCGGCACUUGAAGUGGCAGGCAAGUUUAUUCUUAAUCGAAGAGUGUUCGCUCACUCCUAGGAUCUUGGAAGACUUUGAAGGAGAGAAACUGAAACAAUUCCAAAAUUCUUUCAUUUCUGGAGCCAUGUUGGAAGAAUUAGGGACUUUCACCCAUUUGUGCCGAAGCAAAUGAGUCACUUUGGGGCUGAAUGUCUUGAUAACAGUUCUCGUGGAGGAUGACUGCAGCUCUGAAAUAUGCCGUCGCGCCACAGCAGGUAAUCAUCUCAGUAUGUCACAACUUGUGUCUGUGUGUUACUGAGCAUAGGAAAAGAGAAGUCAGCGUGAUGGUGAAGUGUUGAAUUUCUGUAAUUGUCGUGAUUAUCAGUGAGUGAUGUGCUUAGAGAUGCAGGCGGUGCUGAGUAUAUUAAUUAGGAUUGUAACACCUCUUGUACUCAUAUAAUCUAAUGUACCUUUAUGGUAGUUCUAUUGCAAACGUUGGUGGUAGCUAUAUUGUUGUGCUAGCUAGCUGCUUGCUCUGCAAUGUGGUAUGUUGCACUGAAAUCAGCAUCGUCCUCUCAGAAAUGCCCCAUUAUUGACAGAGAGGAUGAAAGACAUUCAUUUGCCUGUGUCCAGCAGACUCAGCAGCUCCAAAUCUAUGAAAGGAAACAGGAAGUGGAAAACAAUAAUUUGGAUUCUUCUCCUCAGGGCCAGCAAUCUUUUUGAAGAAGAUGUGAACUAUUUUCCCUAACUUUACCUACAACCAUGCCUAAUACACUGUGAGCGCUCAUGACAAAUUGAUAGGUCCUCUAAAAUAGUUCCCAUAACAACACAUAAGGGAUUGUUGCCAUGGUAUCAGAUGCUACCACGGAUACAACCCAGCCUCCUGCCUUAACCCACAGAAGGUUCAUUUGUUACAUGCGGAUGUAUCAUAUUCUGUGUUUUCUGCCAUUCCCUUAAACAAAUUACCAAAUAAUGCUGUCGUGUGGCACAAACUGACACAAAAUGUUCACUCAGAGGAGAAAAAAAGCACACAAAUGUUAUUUUUGUAACAAACAAAUCCCUGACAUUUCCAAUAUCUAACUAUUACAAUGUUGAAUAACCCUUGUGACAGGCCUUUCACCAGCAGCAAAGAUCCUUUACAGUAGUUCAGGGGCAGGGUUAUAAAAAAGCGUGUAUUUUAAAUAUUUGUAUGAUUCCUAUCCCCUAAUUUCGGUAUAAAAUGUUGUGAUACAUCCCCCAGAAAUUUCAGUUUCAGCAGUAAGCCAUAGCUUAUUACAGGACACCACUGGAAGCUGAGAGGCCGUUUUUUGAAAACGACAUUGAAUUUCAUUUUGUAGAUAAUCAACAAAUGGGGCUCAAACCUAUGCUGCUAUGGUAUUUGUCAGCUGUCCUUUCUGGGCAAAUGCUGACAGUGAUGUUCACACAUCCCUCCUCCCACAUCACACUUUCAUUACACUACUGGUUGAAGUGUUAAUUCACAUUUGAAUGUCAACUUGUGUUUUUAGAGAGAUAAAUGAUUUUUAUCUGUGUGCUUGAAUUGAAAAAAACAAAGAAAAAAGUUUUGUCUGGUUUGUUUUGUUUGUUUGUUUUGAUUGAUAAUCAUGAUUCUAAGAUUUCUUUUCUUGUUUAUCCAGAACAAUGAGAAUCUAAAUUUAUUCUUGUUUUCUAAUAGUGAGAAUAUAGAGAGUUGCUUGUACCUUGCCGCAAUAAGAGAUAUUGCAGUACACAAUCAAAACCUCAUUGCUUUGGGGUGCAAGACAUAAACUCUUGGUUUUAUUACAAUCCCUGAAUUUCAGGUGUUCUUUUUUGUAGUUUAUCGUCUUGUGUGUAAGCCCACGUUAAGGAGCCGUACUACCAUCCUGGUUUUAUAUCUCUUUAUUGUUAUAGUCUGAAAGCCAUCACUGUAUGGUAAUGAUAAAUGUCACUUUAUGAAGCUACUGAUUGUAAUCUUGUAAAUGUUUAGGCCAGCGUUGCUCUCUAAGACUCAAACGUGGCAUGUUUUAUUUUGUGUUUUGUUUAGUGCAGACACUCCGACCAAAUCCAAAAAUAAUACUUUUUUUUCUUAUUAUUUUUGAAUUCAUUGUUUAAAUGUAAUCCCCAUUGUGCAAAAUCCUGUAUUCAGUUGGGCUUUUUAAAAAAUUUACAUCCAACAGUUUUUGGAUCACAUUAAUUGCUAAACUACAGUUCAUACAAAGAUAUUGUCUGUAAAUUAGUCUGUUCACACCUUCAUGAAAGGAUGUAAUGCCAUUUUUAGUUUUGCAUCCAGAAUACUCCACGGAGUCCUUGAAUGUUACUGAUCCUGUAAUGUACUAUUUAUUUGUCCAUCAAUGAUGUGUGGACUGAUUCCUCCAAACCUGCUUUUCUUGCGUGUUUGCUUUCUUCUACAUUGCCACUAUACAGAUAUGACUCCUGUGUGUGUGUCCAGCCAGUCGCACAGCAGCACAUUUAGAUUCUUUCUGUAGCUCUUAGUACUUUUCGUCAUGCAUGAGUAAUCGGUUCGCUCUGUGUGAACAUCGGGACCAACAGUAGACGAGCAUCAGGGGCAGAGUGGAACGCUGUUAGUGUUCAUGUAGACUGGAACCAGUGGCUAGAAAUAAUAUAUAUACUGUAUGUCCAUUGUUGUGACUCAGCAGCUGAAGUACUUUGCAAAACCUGUAUUUUCUUUCUUUCUUUUUCAUUUGAAACAAGUGUUUGUUUGUGAGCUGUGUUCAGUGUGAGUCGGAUGAUUGUGGUUAAUAAACUUUCCAGAUGUGUU